AUGAAAGGGGGCGUGCAGGUGGCUGAGCCUGGCUGCUCCCCAGCCUCUCGGCCCGUACGAUUCCAUAUGAUUCUGGACGAGAUUCUCUUUAACCUUUUUGGCUCCCAUCCGUACGUCACUCAUACUGACAAGUGCGCAUGUGGAGUGAAGCAUGGAUGGAGAAUAAGGCCAUCUGAGCUUUACCAGUGGAGCCGGUCCCCUAAAAAAACAGCUCUCCACCUCUGCAACUCUAGACAGAGACGGAACAAGUCCAAGGCUUUCGAAUUGGCCAACCAAGCUGGCCUGCAGGCUCAAUUUCUCGUGGCCGUGGCUGGCAUGAGGGCUUGCCUUGAACGUGCCGAGCUCGUGAUCCACCAUCGCCUGCCUCCAUCAUGGUCCGACUAUAGUUGA